AUGGUCGACCAACGCGGCCGCCUGCUCUCGCCAACGAAUCGCACGAAGCGCCCUCGACUGGAUGCCGACAUACAUAUCCCAAAGAAGCGCAAGCUCAACCAUCCCUCUGUUCCUCCCCCCCAGUUCUGGGACAACCUCUCGGAACCAGUCUUGACUCGAAACGCGUUAAGAGAGCUCGAUCGUCGUAACAGCAUCCGCGAUCAGAGUCGAACCCAUACGAUACAUCGACGGUACAAUACACGCAGCGCUUCCUUGGCGGCGCAUAGGACUCCUACACAGACUCUCCUUCAGUUGUCUCCGACAGGUCGGGUGCAGCUCAAACUCUCGGCUAGACACGGCGGCCCGGAUCUACAAGACGUCAGAGGAGUAUGGAUUCCUUCCGAGUAUCAUGGUCAUAAUCUCGAAAUGAGCCGGAGCCAGUCGAGUCUCGGUCGCCGCAAACGAGGGUCACAAUCAGCAUCUGAGAGCAAUGCGACACCCGGUACUACCACGACAAGAAGCACAGGGCCAUACGACCGUGCCUUCCACCAACACUUAAUCGAUCACCAUAUAUAUCCUCCCCGCUAUGAGUACCCCAAUGGAGACAGAGUUACCAAACCCGAGAACAUAGAGGACAUCAGGAAAGCGCUUGCACAACCCAGGAAAUCCUUAUCACCCAGCCGAUUUUCUGAGGAGGAGUUUGAGAAGUUCGAACGUGCAGACGCCCAUGCAACAACGGAGAGCCGAGUGGUUGCGACUGUGAUUCCACUCAUUGAAGGAGAUACCGGUGAUCUGAGGGCUGUCGCAAGCGAUGUUGCAUUCACAAACCUCGAACAUUUGACCGAUGGAUCGCUUGUCUGUGCCAAACCAGACUUAUACUAUGGUACCCGACCGGAACAGUUGAAAAAGGAGGCCCGAGAAGCACUCAGCAACUUUAUUAUCCCUUCAACUCAAGAUGAUCUACCAAUAGCGCCGAACAAUUUCCUCGAGGUCAAGGGACCGGAUGGUUCUUUGUCCGUGGCAACUCGGCAAGCGACUUACGACGGAGCUCUCGGCUCCCGGGCAAUUCACGCUCUACAGUCCUACGGGACCGAACAGAUUCACGAUAAUAAGGCCUACACCCUCACGUGGACAUACCAUGGAGGCCAUUUAAAGGCUUACACAAGCCAUCCUAUUCCGCCAUCGACCCCCGAAAUGCCAUCUGGCUAUGCUAUGACACAAUUGAAGGGCUGGUCUAUGACAAGUGAUGUUGAGACGUUUCGUCAAGGAGCUGCUGCGUAUCGUAACGGUAAGGACUGGGCUAAGCAGCAACGAGAUGAGGCCAUUGCGCAGGCAAAUAUGAUCACGCUUUUGCCAGCCGCUGUUCAACCGCUACAUACCGGCGCACCCUCAGAAGACGCAUCCGAGACCACCACUAGUCGAACCACAAGUAAUGAUAUCAGCCUAACUUCGCAUCAGACGACAGACAUGUCCGAGGAUGAGCUGUCUCUCGACUUUAUACAUCCACCCAAGCGUUCACGCUCCCUGAAAAAGAAAAAGCAUGAUUCAGCCAUGAACGUGCAUGGUCAAGAUCCAAGUGGUAAGAGACUGUUACAUGAAGUGAACCUAGGUGUAAUUAGUGAAGGCAAAGGCGCAGUACGAGGCCGCAAACCAAAUAAAAAGGAUACCAGUUAG